AUGCCGGCUGCGGCGGGGGACGGGCUCCUGGGCGAGCCAACGGCGCCCGGGGGCGGCGGCGGCGCGGAGGACGCGGCCCGGCCGGCGGCGGCCUGCGAGGGAAGUUUCCUGCCCGCGUGGGUGAGCGGCGUGCCCCGCGAGCGGCUCCGCGACUUCCAGCACCACAAGCGCGUGGGCAACUACCUCAUCGGCAGCAGGAAGCUGGGCGAGGGCUCCUUCGCCAAGGUGCGCGAGGGGCUGCACGUGCUGACCGGAGAGAAGGUAGCCAUAAAAGUCAUUGAUAAGAAGAGAGCCAAAAAGGACACCUAUGUCACCAAAAACCUGCGGCGAGAGGGGCAGAUCCAGCAGAUGAUCCGCCACCCCAACAUCACGCAGCUCCUCGAUAUCUUAGAGACGGAAAAUAGCUACUACCUGGUUAUGGAGCUGUGCCCAGGGGGCAACCUGAUGCACAAGAUAUAUGAGAAGAAGCGGCUGGAGGAGCCCGAGGCCCGCAGAUACAUCAGGCAGCUCAUCUCCGCAGUAGAGCACCUGCACCGGGCUGGGGUGGUCCACAGAGACUUGAAGAUAGAAAAUUUGCUACUAGAUGAAGACAAUAAUAUCAAGCUGAUUGACUUUGGUUUGAGCAACUGCGCGGGAAUCCUGGGCUACUCCGACCCGUUCAGCACGCAGUGUGGCAGCCCCGCCUAUGCCGCGCCUGAACUUCUCGCCAGGAAGAAAUAUGGCCCCAAAAUCGAUGUCUGGUCCAUAGGCGUGAACAUGUAUGCCAUGUUGACCGGGACCCUGCCGUUCACAGUGGAGCCUUUCAGCCUGAGGGCCCUGUACCAGAAGAUGGUGGACAAAGACAUGAACCCCAUCCCCACCCAGCUGUCCACAGGAGCCAUCAACUUCCUACGCUCUCUCCUGGAACCAGAUCCCGUGAAGAGGCCAAACAUUCAGCAAGCACUGGCCAAUCGCUGGCUCAAUGAGAAUUACACCGGCAAAGUGCCCUGCAAUGUCACCUAUCCCAACAGGAUUUCUCUGGAAGACCUGAGCCCGAGCGUGGUGCUGCACAUGACCGAGAAGCUGGGCUACAAGAACAGUGACGUGAUCAACACUGUCCUCUCCAACCGCGCCUGCCACGUCCUUGCCAUCUACUUCCUCCUGAACAAGAAACUCGAGCGCUACUUGUCAGGGAAAUCUGACAUCCAGGACAGCCUCUGCUACAAGACCCAGCUCUACCAGAUAGACAGGUGCAGGGCCACCAAGGAGCCCUAUGAGGCCUCCCUGGACACCUGGACAAGAGACCUUGAAUUCCAUGCUGUGCAGGAUAAAAAGCCCAAAGAACAAGAAAAAAGAGGGGAUUUUCUUCAUCGACCAUUUUCCAAGAAGUUGGACAAGAACCUGCCUUCGCACAAGCAGCCCUCAGCCUCGCUCAUCACACAGAUCCAGAACACCAAAGCCCUGCUGAAGGACCGGAAGGCCACCAAGUCUGCCUUCCCUGACAAAGAUUCCUUCGGCUGUCGCAAUAUUUUCCGCAAAACCUCCGAUUCCAACUGUGUGGCUUCUUCUUCCAUGGAGUUCAUCCCUGUCCCCCCCCCCAGGACCCCCAGGAUUGCAAAGAAACUGGAGCCCCAUCAGCAAGGGCCUGGAGGCGUCCCCCCCAGGGAAGACCCCCUGAUGCUGGAGAUGGUGCGCUCCUUCGAGUCUGUUGAUCGCGACUACCACACGGAACUGCUGUCCCCCUCCCACCACUACAGGAUUCUGAACUCACCAUUGAGCUUGGCUCGCAGAAAUUCCAGUGAGAGGACACUCUCCCCAAUCCUGCCACCCGGAAGCACGUCACCUCUCCAAACUCCUUUGCAUCCCACUCUGGUCUCCUUUGCUCACGAAGAUAAGAGCAGCCCCCCCAAAGAGGAGGGCGUGUGUUCCCCACCUCCAGUUCCUAACAGCAGCCCCAUGCAGCCUCUGGGGAGCCCAAAUUGCGUGAAGAGCCGAGGCAGAUUCCCCAUGAUGGGCAUUGGCCAGAUGCUGAGGAAGCGGCACCAGAGCCUGCAGCCCUCUGCAGACAGGCCCCUGGAGGCCAGCAUGCCCCCACUGCAGCCCAUGGGCCCCGUGAGCCUUUCCUUUGACAUGGCUGAUGGGGUCAAGGGGCAGUGUUAA